AUGCCGUCUUCACGCCUCGGGUCUCUCUCCGGCGCAUCGGUGCCGGUUCCAGCCGCGCCGUUCCCUAUAUCGGGCCUGCUGCCAAAGGAGACGACGCAGGCGCUGCAGUUCCUCCGCAAGUACCCCAGCUACGACGGUCGGAAUGUUCGUGUCGCGAUCCUUGACACCGGCGUAGAUGUCGCCGCAGCUGGUCUCGAUGGCAAGGCCAAGGUCGUCGAUGCGAUCGACUGCACGGGUGCUGGAGACGUGCUGUUGUCCGACGUGACCGCUUCCUUCGUAGCCGGCACCCCCUCCUCUUCCUCCUCGUCCGGCUCAAGCCCCAGCACGCUCGUCUCGCCUUUGACGUCACGAAAGCUCUACCUAUCCCCCACGCUCCAAAACCCUUCGGGCAGGUGGUACGCUGGUGGAAAGCGCGCCUUUGACUUUUGGCCCUCGGAGCUCGCCACCCGUCUCGGCAAGGAGAGGAGGAAGGCAUUCGAAGUCGAGCAUGCAAGACUUGUCGCACAGGCUCAAAAGGAGCUUGCUGCGCUCGAGAAGAGCAAAGGUGCCGCUGCCUCCCCAUCCGCUUCCCCGUCAGUCAAGGCGGAGGCAGCCGCCAAGCAGGGCGCGCAAGGUACUGAGUCUGCUACCACGAGCUCUACGCCACCUUCUCCGCACUCACAGCAAAAAGCCGAGCUCAGGUCCCGCUUGGCCGUACUUGACGAGCUGCUGUCGUCCUACUCAGACGUCGGACCGCUCCUCGAGUGCGUCGUUUACCACGACGGCACCUACUGGCGCGCCAUCAUCGGUGGUGGCGAGGGCGACGCGCAUGACCCAAGCUCUGGCCUGCCAGCGUACCGUAUGGACGCCGACUUGGCUCAUGGCCCUGCUGUUGACCUCACCGCGUUCAAGAAGGGCAUGGCGGACUUCCGCCUGGAGCGCGAGUGGCGCUUCUUUGGCGAGAUGGAUCGGCUCAGCUACUCGGUCAACAUUCUCACCGACCGACCAGCGUACACUUCCGAAGCGGCUGCAGGUGCAGAAAAGGCCGCCGAGGAGAUCCCCACGACGCUCAGCAUCGUCGCCGUCUCUGGCUCGCACGGCACGCACGUCGCAGGCAUCGUCGGCGCCUACCACGCCCCUGCAUCCGGGUCGGGCGAAGGAUUGUCGGAUGAAGACGUCGCGCGCAACGGCGUCGCACCCGCCUGCGAGAUCGUCUCGCUCAAAAUUGGUGACGCGCGCAUCGGCACGAUGGAACAGGGCCACGCACUUCUGCGCGCUGCACGCGCGCUCAUCGACACGCAGUGUGACCUCGCGAACCUGAGCUACGGUGAGGACGGCAGCUUUGGUGUCGAGAACCGCGGCGCGUUCGCUGCUGCGCUGCGCGAGCACGUCAUUCGCGAGCGCGACAUCAUCUUCGUCGCCAGCGCUGGUAACAACGGGCCCGCGCUCACCACCGUCGGCCAUCCAGGCGGUACGACGACGGGCGUGCUUAGCGUCGGCGCCUACGUCAACGCUGGCGCUAUGGCGCAAGCCGAGUACGCGCCGAUUGAGAACGCGCCAGACAACGUCACCACGUGGUCCUCCCGCGGCCCGGCGUCCGAUGGGGACAAGGGCGUGUCGAUCUACGCGCCCGGUGCCGCCAUCACGUCCAUCCCGCAGUACUGCCUGCAGGCGACCGCCAUGUACAACGGCACGUCCAUGUCGAGCCCCAACGCAUGCGGGUCCUUAGCGCUGCUCCUCUCCGCGCUCAAGCAAAACAAGAUGCCCUACACGCCCGCGCGCGUCAUCAAAGCGGUGCGUGAGGCGGGCAAGAGCGUCGACGAUCCGCUCGACGUGCCGUUCAUCCAGGUCGACAAAGCAUGGGAGUAUCUCCAGGAGUACGCGGCGCACCCCGCCGCCGACGCUGAAGUCCGCGUCGCCAUCACGCCUCCCGGUAAGCCGCUCGGGCGCGUCAACACCGACAAGCGCGGCUGCUAUCUGCGCGAGCGCCACGAGUGUUCGCGCGUCAACCAGUUCCAGGCAACCGUCAAGCCGACGUUCAAGACGCACGAGACGGAGCGCUCGUGGGCGCUCCAGCUGCGCUGCGCCCUCGUCGCGACUCAGAGCUGGAUCAAGGCGCCGCAGUUCGUCCUGCUUGGCGCUAACGGCCGCACAUUCGAGAUCCGCGUCGACGCCGCUUCCCUCCCGCCAGGACUGCACCACGGCUGGGUGUACGGGUACGACUCGGAGGUGCAGGGCUACAAGCUCUUCGAGAUCCCCAUCACCGUGGCCAAGCCCGAAGUGUGCGACGGCGCGACAGUACGUUACGACGGCCUCCGUCUUUCCGCUGGCCAGGUCACGCGGCGCUUCCUCCAUGUCCCGGACGGCGCGACGUGGGCGACGGUACGUGUCGUAACCGCAAACCACGCCGCCAGCGGGACGAACGCGCGGCUGUGGAUGCACCUCGUCCAGCUUGAGCCGCACCAGCGCUUGCAUUCAGUCGAGAAGGCGUGGGUCUUUUCGCUUGCCGAAGGCGAACCCGUAACUAAGCGCAUCACGGUCAAGGGCGGCAUGACGAUGGAAAUUGCCACUGCACAGUACUUCAUGGCCAGCUCGGCGUUCGAGUUCGACCUCCAGUUCGAGUUCCACGGCGUCCAGAUCUCUGCCAUUGCCACGGGCCGUGACGAGAUGACGCUCAUCGGCGGCGAGGGGAUCGCACGGCUCGAGUGCAUGGCGGCGCUGCGCCCAGAGGAAUUCAAGCCUUCAGUCUCUUUUGACACACGUCGCACCUUCCUGCGCCCGACGGCGGCGGACGUGCGGCCGCUGAACACGCCGCGCGAUCUGCAGCCGAGCGGCAAGUCGCUGUUCGAGCUUGUGACAACGUACGCGCUCAAGCUGUCCGAGGCGAGCAACAAGAUCUCCACGCGCCUGCCAACGUCCGGGAACGUAUACGACGCAGCAGUGCCGAUGCUGAUGCAGAUCUUCGACGCGAACAAGAAGGUCCGCCAGUUCUGCGAUGUAUACCCCAAGGAGGUGACGCUGCCUAAGGGAGACUAUACGAUUAAGGUCGCCUUUGUGCAUGAAGAUGCGGCCGUCCUGCAGAAGUUGCGCAGCGCCACACUUACCGUCGACCAGAAGCUCAGCAAGGCAGGCGACGUCAAGCUCGAUCUGUACGAGAACCACGUGGAUGUAUUCGAUACCAGCGCGCCGAUGGACUUUAAGGGCGGCAUCAAGCUCAUGCCGGGCGAGCGCAAGAUGCUCGUCAUGGAUACCAACCUCGAAGGCGACCGCAUGCCCAAGGAGGCGCAGCCAGGCGACAUUCUCAUUGGCUCAUUCAGCUUUGCGGAGGCCAAGACCCAGCUGCGGUACAUUGUACCGCCUGCGCCCAGGAAAGAGAAGGAGGAUGACGAUGGUAGCAGCAGCGGCAAGGAUGGCGAGCCGACGGUGGAUCUGCUUGUGAGCGUCUCCAAGAAGAUCAAGGACGAGGAGAAGAGUCAGUUCCUCGACAAACUUGUCGCGGAGCAUCCGGACCACCUGGGCCUGCUGCGUGCGCGUCUCGAGGCCGUUGCGGGAAAAGAUGAGUCGGACAGGAAGGAGAAUGCGAACGCGAUCAUCGGCGCUGCGGACGCCAUCCUGGCGCGCGUGGAUCAGACGGCGCUGCGCCUGCACCUGGGCACGAAGCAGCUGCCGAGCAACGAGCAGAGUGAACAGGACAAGAAGACGGCCAAGGAGAUGGACAAGCGCAAGUCAGCCGUCACGCUCGCGCUCAACCGUAAAGCGAGGGCGCUCCUCGCGCGCGACGGCGAGCAACAGCAGCAGGCGAUCACGGCGUUUGACGAAAUGUUUUCCGAAUACCGCAAGUACUACGCGGCGGAUAGCAACGACAAAGAGUUUAGCAACCUUUUCGUCCGGUGGUCCAUCCAGCAGGGCAGGUACGGCACAGCUCUACAGUCUGUGCGCAAAGCGAUCAAGGACAUGGGCGCGGGUACAUCGGACAACCUGGAGGAGCUGAACAAGGCGCGCGCACUAGAACGCGAGCUGCUCGGGCCCACCAGGCUCGGCUGGAGCGCCUGGGCAGCGAACGCUGCGCGCUGGGCCAUUGUCGAUCAGCCCAAGGACUAUGCGCCGUUCUAA